UUUAAUUUUGUUUUUAAGUUUUUAAUUUUGUUUUUCACGUUCAUUCUUUUUAAAUUUAAUUUUCUCCUUUCCAACUUCGUUUUUUAAAAUUCAUUUUUUUUCUUUCCGUAAAUUUUUUAAUUUUUUCAAUUUUGUUUAGGAUUGCGAAUAAGUUUGAUUUUUUGGUAAAAUUUUGCUUAUGUUGUCAUCACCAAAACGGGGGAAUAUUGUUGAUUCUGAGUUUUGAUGAUGACAACGCAAACUUCCUAAUCGUUGUUUAAGUGUAUUUUUUAUAAUGCUAAGUUAGGGAGUGCCUGAGUAGGACAAACUAAACAUAUGGAACAAACACCAAGCAAUAUAGAGAACUUCUAAAGAAUCGAUCAGUUUGGAAAUGAUAUUAACAGUUGAUUCUCAAAAAGGUUGAUCCUCUAGAUGGUUGAUCCUCAAAGUGGUUGAUCCUCAAGAUGGUUGAUCCUCAAAGUGGUUGAUUCUCAAAGAUGUAUAGAAACUUCUAGUAAUUAAUAAGCUUAUGAAUAAUAACGUAACUUUAGGAACACAGUCUUUUGUAAACUGACUUUCGAUAAAAACUCUUAAGCUCUUUAGAAAUAUUGUGCGUUGUCAGUUGUGAUUUGAGAAAUGAAAAUCCUUUUCCUUUUAUAGAGGAACUUCCUAGGCCAGUUUCCCAUGUUCCCCUCAACUGCCACUAAUAGUUACUGGGAGCAGUAACGUGCACGUUGAUUGAGAGAAACAGAGAGACUUCUUCAAACCACUUUUAACACGUUCAAUUUCAGAGAAAAUAGUGGGAGUAGUUUUAGUAAAAACCUUUUCUUGGAAAACAAGGAGUUCUGAAUCAGAAUCCAAUGUUGAUUUUAUUAAAAUCGUUUUAUUUAUUUUCCAAAAGAUUUUUGCUUUAUAAAACUUUAUUUUAUUUACGAAAUACUAUUUUCUCAAACAUAUUAAAACACACGUGUUCCUUUUGUUUCAUAUUAUGCAUAAACGAUAUUAAAAUACUUACACAAAAUCUAAACAUAAACUCAUAUGUUGUAGCUUUCAUGUUGACACCUUUUGAAGCUUUGCUUGAACGCUUCAUGCAUUGUUCCUUCUCCGGACUUUGAUGAUCCUCAUAAUAUAUGAGGAACAGCCUUAAUAACUUGUUUAGGAUCAGCCGUUGAGGAUCAAACUUGUUUAGGAUUAACCAUCUUUAGGAUCAACCAUCUUUAGGAUCAACCGCUUUGAGGAUUAACCGUUUUGAGGAUCAACCAUCUUGAGGAUUAACCGCUUUAAGGAUCAACCGCUUUAUUACCGUGGACAUUAUGAUAUUGUUUUUCUUGGCAAAAAACACUUAGAUUCAUUCCCAUUCUAACCAUUUAUUAUCGGCUGCCAAACAGGUCGUAAGUGAAAUGAAAUCAGUUAUAAAGUGAAGAACUAGCUAGUUACAGUUUAGUACUACCUGCAGCUGCUCUAGGUGAGAAAUAUGACAUGUCUAGAAAUAAAUUCAUCAGUCGGCAACUUGGCUGGACAAGUACUCCGUAUUCCUUCUGUUUGAAACGUGCUUAGUGCAGUUUGUAAGCUGCUGUUGCAUUCUGAGGAGCUUAGAUCUGGAGUGCAAUCUACUGAAGGACUCAUUGUUGUGUUUCCUUCAAGAAUACCAACUGUUGUUGCUGAAGCCAGGGAUAAACACCGAGCAGAGGCGAACCUAAAGAGACUGAUAAAUGUGUUUGACAGUUGUUGACUGAACCGGCUGUACAAGGCUGGACCAUCUGUGUAAAGAUGGUAUACCGAGACAUCGUUGAUGGAAAAGAUGGAGUGGUUUGCAUACCGUAACAUGCAAAAGUAAUACCACACUAUCGCUUCUACACUCGAUGGGCAUUUUUGCACAAUUUCAUUGGCUGCAGUCUGAAUACAAGUUUGACACAGGUGAUUGUCAACGACACUGUUGCAAAGGAAAAGGCCACAGACUUUAUUUGGCUUUUCGCCCGUGGUGAAAUUAUAGAACUUUUGGGUAACAGAAUUCGAGCUGAGGUUGGUUAGCAGGUGAAAAAGAUUGGUUUGGUACUCACUCCCCUGAUCAAAAUGCCUAUUAUUUGAACAGUGGCCAUGUAAGUAGGUAGAACUUGGUUUCUGACAACUUGCAUAUUUCAGCAGAAGAGAUGCAAGACAAAGAAAUGAAAAGACGGUUGGGCUGAAAACUGGAACCAUUCUUUUUGGUGUGUAGAAGCUGUUGGUAACUUGGCACUGGAGCAUUGAUUUUGUUUCUCAGGGAUGGCAUACUGACGCGUAGGCAAACUUAAUUCUUAGCUCUGCGCAAUAAUCCUUUACGGGUGUGCAAUCAAACUGUGUCCCAUGAUCAAAGACCAAACUUUCUGGGAUGCCAAAUCUUGUGACGAUGUUUCUCCAGAUGAAGUCUUUCAUUCGCUUGACUGUUAUGCUCUUUGUGGGCUCUGCUUCUAUCCAUUUGGUGAAAUAAUCCACUGCCACGAUCAAGUAUUUUCUUCCUCCACUCGCGGCUGUAAACGGACCCAGGAUGUCCAUUCCCCACUGAGCGAAUGGUAUGGGAUUGAUGAUUGGUUGUAGAUCAUUUGAGGGCUGAUUGAUUACUGGAGCGAACUUUUGGCAUUUGUCGCACUUUUUCACAUAUGACUGCGAGUCACUCACCAUGGUUGGCCAAUAGUACCCUGCUCUGAGAGCUUUUAAGGCUAGUGUUCUACCUCCAAUGUGAUUACCACAUAUUCCCUCAUGAAUUUCUUCAAUGAUCCUCUGUGACUCCUCUGUUGAGACGCAUCUCAGCCAUGGUGUUAAAACUCGGCCGAGUUAACUCGGUGCGCCCGAGUUAACUCGGGUUUUGAGUUUGGCGAUACGAUACGGGGCGAGUUAUCACGCCGUGUUUGAAUAAGGCGAGAUUUCGGCCGAUUUGACCGGUACGGUCUAAAAUCGGCCGCAUUUACCUUUCCAACCGAGUUAUGAUAAGAUUCGAUUGUUUUUCAAGUUUGCAGAGAUAAGAUUCGUAUUGUCUUUGUCUCCCCAAUAAUGGUGGUCUACUGGUAUAAAGCAGGUGAAACAGAAGAAAGAGGACAAAGGUGGAUAAAGGAGAGGAAGCUGCUAUAAAUAUACAACAAUCAAACCAAAUCUUAUCAAGCAAUUAAAAAAAAACUCAAAACAUACCAGGAAGCUGCUUUUUACAAGGAAGAAGAAGAAGGUGGAGCCGGAGCCGGAGGAGCAAAGGUCCGAUCAAUCUUGAAGAAUAUUGUAGGGUUCCAUUGAAAUUUUGAAGGGGGACUAAUGCCAUCUUUGUUUGUAAGUUUGAUUUUUAUUUUCUCGAUCCCCAUCUCUGUAAGUUUGAGUUUUAGUUUUUUUUUUCUUUUUCUUAUGGGUAUGUCGGUAGGUAAUAAGAAGAAGAGAAAGUGUGGGGCUUUGACCAUAAUUAUCUUUAUUUGAAUAGUGGAAUUUAUGUUUUUUGGAAUCUAAACUAAGUACUAAUGAGACUAGUCACAUUAUUAUUUUAUUGUUAUUGUACUAUAUUUAUUUAUUUUUGGAUUCAUAAAGUAAUUUUAUUGUUGCUACACUGCUACUUUUAUCUGUACUAGACUAUUAGAUUCCUUCAACAAGAGCAAUGUGCUUUAUUGAUUUUUAAUUUUAGGUGUAAUUAUCUCAUAUUAUUGCGUAUUCUCAUAUUAAUUUAAUUUAUAUUAAAUAAAUGUUAAACACCUUAAUAAGUGCAAUAUCAAUUAACAAUUCUAUAUGACAAUAUUACUUAUAAAUUAGAUGAUUUAAUUUUAUUUUCAGAAGGUUUAAUAAAUGGCAUCUAAAGACGAAGAUAUUGGGUGGAAAUUUGGUGAAGCAGUUGAUGGAAAUAAGCGUAAAGUAAAAUGUAAAUUUUGUCACAAAAUAAUUAGUGGGGGUAUAACAAGACUAAAGCAACAUUUGGCUCACAAAUCGGGUGAUGUAGCUCCAUGUGGAAGUGUAUCGGUUGAUGUUAAAAGAGAGAUAAUGGCACUUCUAAUGCAAACAAAGGAUAAAAAGACGGAAAAAAACCGAAUGACUAGAGAUUUUGAAGAUGAAAUAGUAAGAUCGAUGAAUCGUCCAAUAGAUGAUGAUGACGACGAUGAUGAUGAUCCUGAAUUGGAGUAUGCUUUAAGACAAAGUAGAACCCAGCAUCAAUUUGAUCAUACUCGUGAAGCAUAUGAGCAUAAUAGAAGUGGUUUCUAUGAUAGAGGAGGUAGUAGUGGUUAUAUUCCUCCACAAAUGACUAGAUCAUUUUCAGUUGGAGUUGGGAGAGGGAGAAACACACCAUUCGAACCGGCAUCAUCUCCUUUAGCAAGAUUAAGGGCACGUGAAAUUGAACUAGAAAAGGAUUGCACAAAUCAAAAGCAAUCAAAACUGAGUACUUCGUUUUUGAAGAAGGCAAAAAAGUCUAUCAUAAAAGCAUUUGGAAAUUUUAUGAUUGAUGCUAAUCUACCAUUCAGGGCAAUUGAGUCUCCUUAUACUAAUCCUCUCAUGGACACUAUACGUGCAUGUCCUAAUGUUCGAGCUCCUUCGGCGUAUGAUAUAGCACAGGUAUAUCUACCCGAUGAAGUAAAAGAGAUGAAAGAGUAA